CAAACUGUUAAUUCUGCACGUGUGUGACAAGCAAAUUACACCAAAAACCUAAUUUUCCAUCAACCAAUCGAACGAACAACACAUCUUUCCUUCCUGCGUCAGCAAAGGAUCGCGUUUUACUCCAUGUUUUCCGCAAACGCGGUCACCCGCGAAUCGAUACGAAUCCUUCACCACAGUAGGCUGUGUGACUGCAAUCGGCAUCAGGAGGGAAGGAGGACAAGUGGGUGAAUUAAUUUUCCCAUCGACAGCUUUCAUCAUAUUCGUUUCGAGCCGGCCCCAAUCCAUCCUUCGGCUUCGCUCUUCCCGGGUGUGUGCGUGUGCAGUAGGCGACGACCGACCGUUGCUUCCGGUGUUUUUACAUUCAGCGAGCGGCAACGAUGGUGGAUCUGUGUGCCGAGUUUGCGGUCUCCUUGGUUUUCCCAACUGCUUCUUUCUUGCACACUCGCUUCACACAAAGUUAUGCCAAAGGCGUGCAAGAAUUUCAUUCAGAAAUAUCUCGUCCCAUUCUUUGAAAGGUUCGUGGCUGCCUGUCUUGCCCUAACUAACUGAGGGAAAGAGAACGAGAACGAACAUCUCGAGACGAAAGGCUUACACACACAGAGGCGGAUUUCAUCCACCCAGGACGCUAUGGAUAGUAAAGAGUUCCGACGCCGCGGUACCGAGAUGGUGGAGUACAUCUGCAACUAUCUGGAAACGUUGGAGCAGCGCCGAGUAACGCCGUGCGUUGAGCCAGGCUAUCUGAAGCACCAGCUGCCCGACGAGGCGCCAGAAGAACCGGAACCCUGGGAAAAGAUCAUGCAGGACGUGGAGGAUAAGAUCAUGCCGGGCGUAACGCACUGGCAGCAUCCGCGCUUUCACGCCUACUUUCCGUCCGGUAACUCGUUCCCCUCGAUACUGGGUGACAUGCUGAGCGAUGGGAUCGGGUGUAUCGGGUUUUCGUGGGCGGCCAGCCCGGCCUGUACCGAGCUGGAGACGAUCGUGCUGGAUUGGUUGGGCAAAGCAAUUGGACUGCCCGAUUCGUUUCUUGCACUUAAACCCGGCAGCCGUGGUGGUGGCGUUAUACAGACGUCCGCGUCGGAGUGUGUGCUGGUAACGAUGCUGGCCGCCCGGGCCCAAGCGAUCAAGUAUCUGAAGCAGCAGCACCCGUUCGUCGAGGAGGGCCACCUGCUGUCCAAGCUGAUGGCGUACUGCUCGAAGGAGGCGCACAGCUGCGUCGAAAAGGCGGCCAUGAUCAGCUUCGUCAAGCUGCGCAUCCUCGAGCCGGACGAAAAGUGUUGCCUGCGGGCGGACACACUGAUAAAGGCAAUGGAGGAAGACGAACAGCAGGGUUUGAUACCGUUCUUCGUGUCGACCACGCUCGGUACGACCGGUUCCUGUGCGUUCGACGAUCUGGCCGAGAUCGGGGAGGCACUGCAGCGCUUCCCGAGCGUCUGGCUGCACGUGGAUGCGGCCUACGCCGGCAAUGCGUUCAUCUGCCCCGAGCUGAAGUACCUGCUGAAGGGCAUCCAGUAUGCGGACUCGUUCAACACCAACCCGAACAAGUGGCUGCUGACGAACUUUGACUGCUCGACGCUGUGGGUGCGCGAUCGCAUCCGCCUGACGUCGGCGCUGGUCGUCGAUCCGCUGUAUCUGCAGCACGGGUACACCGAUUCGGCGAUCGACUAUCGGCACUGGGGCGUACCGCUCAGCCGCCGGUUUCGUUCGCUCAAGCUGUGGUUCGUGCUGCGCAGCUACGGCAUCUCCGGGCUGCAGGCGUACAUCCGGCACCAUAUCGAGCUGGCCAAGCGGUUCGAGGCGCUCGUGCUGAAGGACAGCCGAUUCGAGGUGUGCAACGAGGUGCGGCUCGGGCUGGUCUGCUUCCGGCUGAAGGGAACGGACCGGAUCAACGAGAAGCUGCUGAGCAGCAUCAAUGCGUCCGGCAAGCUGCACAUGGUGCCGGCAUCCGUCAACGAUACGUACGUCAUACGGUUCUGUGCCGUGGCGCAAAAUGCCAAGGUUGAGGAUAUUGACUACGCCUGGGAUGUCAUAACGGAUUUCGCCUCGGAAAUACUGGAAAAGGAACAGGCGGACGAGGUCAGCGAGAUCGUCGAUCGGCGCAAAACGCACACGCUCGCCCAGAAGCGCUCAUUCUUCGUGCGCAUGGUUAGCGAUCCGAAGAUCUACAAUCCGGCGAUCAACAAGGCUCAGACGCCGCACCGUAUGUCCACCGAGCUGACCUCACCGGGGCACGAUGGUACCGUGGUGAAGGUACAGUCACCCAAGACACCCGGUUCAGCGACAUGGAUCAGCUGGCCAUUGGCAUUCCUAUUCGCAUCCGCCGAUGAUGGCACGAAGAAUGAUGUCACACUCAGAUUCCGCCACCUUGACACGAUGAUGCGACUAUCGGCUUCACGGCGCAACUCCGCUACGGGCGGAUCGUCCCCAUCGCCCGAAGCCGAAAACGGUAUUACCCUGCUGAAGUCGCCCAAAAAAUCCCCGAUUCUGAUGCGAAAGCGUGGCUCAUCGCCGAACCCACCACCGACGGCGGUGGGUGCGAACAAUGGCUCGGCAAAGUAAAAGACCAAACCCACCACCAUCGCUCACCGCGAUCCGGUUAGCUGUAGGAAAAUGAAAUUGGAAACCAAAUGAAGCAAAACGAACGCCUGGGGGGAAGGAAACAACACCGUAUCAGGAAGAAACACAAUAAUCCCGAAUGAUGCACAGGCUCUCUUUUAAUGAAUCUACUACACCUAUCACUCGUUAGUAUAUGAAAUCUCUGACAUCAACACUACCGCUAAAACUAAUACCAAGAAAGACUAGGAAAAGUGUAUCAAUCCACAACUCCCCGCAAGACUUGGAUCAUUGGAAAGGAAUCUAAACACUCACGUCCCUGGAACACGCGCAAAAAGAGCGAUCCUCUAGUAGGGCUAGACAAAUGUUGAACUUAUCUUUGCUGUAUUUAUUCCCACAAUCGCACAAAUAAACACAAAUGAUCGAAUCAGA